UUUACAUUUCCGUCGUUCUCGCGUCGUUCAGCUCGCGAUCGAAGAACAUCGAUACUUCCCCGUUGAUAAGAAAGGCUUCCAUCGGUUCUUCGGGAUUGUGAGGUCAGUGUAUGUGAUUAAACACCAGUUACCAGCGUGCUGGUACGAGCACAAUGGGAGCGGAUUGCCUCCAACCGGGCAAACGGGGUCUCACCCUGUCGGUCAUCGUGCUGGGCGGUGCCUGUCUCACGGUGAUGCUGGCCUAUCUGGCCUUCGGGGACAGCACUGAUGAGUCGGGUUUCCGGACGCUCCGGAUGGUAAGCAUCCUGUUCCGCCACGGUGAUCGUUCACCAACGGACUUCUAUCCGAACGAUCCGCAUCGUAAUCAUGCUUGGACAGGUGGCCUUGGAGCCCUCUCCGAGAAAGGAUCGCAGCAGAUGUAUCAACUCGGUAAGCUGUUGCGUCCACGGUACUAUCGGUUGCUGCCUUCGAAUGGACUCUACUCGAAGGACAAGAUGAUGGUGGUUAGCAGCUACGCCGAACGGUGUAUCAUGAGUGCUCAAAGCUUCAUGGCCGGAUUUCUACCUCCUCUCGAGAACACUAAUCCAUUGCCCAUUCCGUGGCAACCGGCAGCGAUCAAUGUUCUGCCUCGCGAUCGCGAUACGAUUCUGGCCCAAAAGCAACUAUGCCCGCGCUACGAACGUAAUUUGCAGCGUUUAAUGGCUUACCCACCGAAAGACAUACGUGAUCUGUACGAGAAGAAUGCGGCUCUGUUUCGAACGUUGAGCCAAGAAACGGGAAGAAACAUUAGUACCGUACUGGAUGUUGAGCUGCUGUACAACACGCUGGAGAUUGAGAAGUUGGCCGGUCUAGAGCUGCCCGACUGGACGGAAGAUAUCUUUCCCGCGAAACUACUACCGUUAGCAGAGCGCAGCCUGGCUCUCUUCACCGAAGUUCCGCUGAUGAAAAAGAUCAAGGGUGGGGCGAUUAUCGGUGAGCUGCUGGAUAAUGCGGUGCGGCGCCGUUCGGGUAUACUGAUGCCAGAGCGAAACAUUUUCAUCUACUCGGGUCAUGAUGUUACGCUCGUGAAUCUGAUGCGGGCACUGGGUGUGAUCGAGCAGACGACCGGUAAACCGGACUUUGCGGCUACGCUGGUGUUCGAGCUGCACCACAGCAUCACGUUCGACGAUGACUACGAGGUGAAGAUCGUCUAUUUUUUCAACAGUGACGACAAGUACCCGAAGGAAAUCGAAAUACCCAACUGCGAAAGUCCGUGCUCAUUGACGCGCUUUGAGCAGGUAAUGGAAACGGUUCGCUUAAGAAACUACGAUGAGACGUGCCAGCUCGUGUAAGAAGUGGCCAGCGAAUAUGGGUUGUUAUCAUUCCUCGUAGUCCCCCGGGAUCGAAGGGUAGCGUAGGAUAUGAAUGGUCACAGAUCUGUUUAUAAAAAGACAAUCUCUCGUAUAUAGGCUAAGAAAUCCACCUCCACUGUUGUUGCGUUAUUCUAAGUGUUGCCGCGAGGUCGUAAGGUCCCGCCAAAAAUAAACUUAUCCUUUCAAAACUCACUACUUUUACACUAUUGCGUGGCGU